AUGACAUCAAUUCAAACCACCACCAUCAUCAUCAUCAUCAUCACUAUCAUCGUCGUCAACAUCUAUGGAGAAUAUAAAAGCUGAGCUUGAAGCCAGUUUAAUCAGUUCUUUUUCAGUCUUUCUUCUGAGUGUUAACGUAAUUUUUCCAGACAUUCUACUUCAAAAUGCGAACUCGCGGGCGAAAACAAUUGACAAAGCCAAGAGUUUCAAGAUCAAAAAGAGCUGGAAUUCAGUUUCCAGUCGGAAGAAUCCACAGACAACUGCGAUAUGGCGAAUAUGCCAAGCAUAUUAGUGGCGGUGCGCCGGUAAGCUUUUUAUUUUUCCUCCUAAAAAAAAACAUUCUAUGAUCUUAUUAUCCUUAUUUUCAGGUCUAUCUAGCUGCCGUACUCGAAUACCUGGUGUCCGAAGUGAUGGAACUCGCCGGAGAUUCAGCAAGGAGCAGUAAAAGGCACAGAAUCACGCCAAAGAACCUGACAGCCGCCGUCCGAAAUGACUUAGAGCUGGGUGAAAUGCUCCGAAACGUGACGAUCUCACAGGGCGGCGUGGUCCCCAACGGCAAAAACACCGAGAUCUUCAAGUUCCAAGCGGAGAAGGCGAGGAAAAAAGAUGAAAAGAAUGAAAUUAAACGUGCUGAUUAA